UCCACAUAAUAAUCUGACUGAGCAGCGUCGCUGUCUUUUCAGCACCACUCACUGACAAGCCAACCAACCAGAGAGGGAAGACGGACAAAACCGUGUUGGCUGCAACAUUCUUGGAUUUUUCUUUUAUUCUUUUUUUUCCUUUUUCUUUUAAAGAUACCAAACCAACAUCUUUCUAAGAGAAGGAAUUAUCAAAUUCAGAUUCGAAUCUGCCGAGUUUCCACCUGCUGAAAGAAUUUAGAGUUAUUGGAGAAUUUCUUUUUGAGAGAAGACCGACCAUGUGGUUAGUGGAUGUAUAACGUUUUCACUGCGGAUUCUGGUUUCGGGUUUUUUUGGCAUGGUUACACCAGAAAAGAAAGUUUGAGCGUUUUUAACACUCCUUGGAAGUCUAGAGAAAUGUCCGCGACAACUUGAAUUAAUGAGCUGCGUUUGAAAUAAGUUUAUUAUCUUUACGGGGGACUUUCGUGCGUUUAUUUUUUUAAUUUAGGCUUUGCUUUCCAUAUAUAUUUGUGUGUUCUAUCGUGCCGGAAUGCUUGCUUUAGUGGUUGGGCUGUUGUAUCUGGUCAGUGGACGCACGGUGCGAAGCCAGGACGCUACAGGUAGCCGCUUCGUGUGCAACGCUAUUCCUCCGGGCGCAGAGCCCGGAUGCGGUUACGGUCCGACGGGGAAUCGCGUCCAGAGCAGCAGCUCCGUGGAGGACGAGCUGCGGAACACGAUCAUCCAGCUCCGGGAGACCAUCCUGCAGCAGAAGGAGACCAUCGUGAGCCAGCAGGGAACCAUCAAGGAGCUCAACUCCAAGCUGGCGCGCUGCGAGGCUGCGGCCGAAGAGUCGUCGCAGGGCAAAGCCCGGGGUCAGGGCUCCAGACGGAAGGAGUACGGCAAGAACACCAUGGGGGAUUUGCCCCGGGACCCCGGCGAGACUAUAGACCAACUGGGCAAGACAAUGCAGAGUCUCAAGGGUCGACUGGAGAACUUGGAGCAGCAGAGUUUGCGUCUCCCCAGCACAAACGUGUCGACUACCGGAGGUGUCUCGGCCCUGUCUCCCCUGCCGCCAGAGCUCCGGGAGUUGCUCCGGCAACGUCUGGGGGCGCUGGAGACCCAGCUCCUCCGGAAGGUGGCCGAGCUGGAGGAGGAGAAGAGCCAGCUCUACAAUGAAACGGCGGCCCACCGCCAACGCACCGAGAGCGCGCUCAAUUCCCUCCUGGAGAGGAUCACAGAGCUGGAGAAAAGUAACAACGCCUUCAAGUCACCCGAAGAUUUCAAGGUGUCCCUCCCUCUCCGUACCAACUACCUGUACGGACGCAUCAAGAAGAGCCUCCCGGAGAUGUAUGCCUUCACCGUGUGCAUGUGGCUCAAGUCCAGCGCCACUCCCGGCAUAGGAACUCCGUUUUCCUACGGCGUGCCCGGCCAGGCCAACGAGAUAGUCCUCAUAGAGUGGGGGAACAACCCAAUUGAGCUGCUAGUUAAUGAUAAGGUGGCCCAGCUCCCCCUGUCAGUGAGUGACGGCCGCUGGCACCACAUAUGCAUCACCUGGACGACCAGAGACGGCUUCUGGGAGGCUUACCAGGAUGGCGAGCGUCUAGGCACCGGGGACAACCUGGCCCCCUGGCACCCAAUUAAACCUGGAGGGGUGAUCAUCCUGGGCCAGGAGCAGGAUGUUGUCGGGGGCCGCUUUGAUGCCACCCAAGCCUUCGUGGGCGAGCUGAGCCAAUUCAACAUGUGGGACCGAGUGCUUAGGCCCGUGGACAUUGUGGGCCUGGCCAACUGCUCGGCCUACAUGCCGGGCAACGUGGUCCCCUGGAUCGACGCCAACGUGGAAGUGUUCGGCGGCGCGAGCAAAGCCCCUCUGGAGAUCUGCGAAGACCGCGCUUUCGAUUCCUAAAGGGGACGCGACGAAUCGGGCGCGGCCGGCCGGGAUGACGGAGCUAAGGACUGUUUGCUGCUUCCGUCGAGCUCCGAAGGCCGAGGGAGACAUUUUCACGCAUUUCUGUGGCCCGACUCCGUAAGUCAGGCUCCAUGUUUACCGGACCCGCGAGUCCAGACACUUUACGGGAGACUCCAAAUUAGUCCUUUCAUCUGAAGAAGAUUUAAUGUUGCAUCAGUCCGCCUGCAAUACAUGACCUGCUGUCAUUUCGUGUUUUUCAGUGGAUCAGCUGUCUCGUUUGACUUUUGCUUUGAAGGCAGCUCCCCUCGGUUGCACUCCCUCUCGUGGCGCCGCCGCGCUGCAUUUGUAACGAAGCGGCGGCCGGCUUUUAGAUGCACCACUUCUGGUGCGCUCCACGCUGUGGGCUCCGCCGCCACCGCUUGCUUGAAGAGCGGCGAGACGCGGAGGUGCAGUGAAACGAGGCUGGAGUUCAAAAGUGGACAUGAACCGCCCACCCUCGCCGUUGAUUAUCUUUUGAGGCUUUCCAGCGCGGCAGGCCGUCCGAAUAUUAUGCAUGAGCCCGAGCAAACAGCGAAAGUCGGCCCAGAAGGGCCAGCACAUGCACGGGGAGCUGGCGACGUUACGUAAGACGGCGCCCGUAUGUCCGCGCACGUAUGGCUCGUCUUGCGUGUAAAAAGAUCAGAGAUUACGAGGGGAGGGAGGGAGGGACAUUUUCAUUCUUGUAAAUCUAUGCUUAAUACCUCGCUGCCCCUUGAGCAGCUGCCAUAUCCCAAACAGCUUUAUGGAUGGGGCCGGCUCUGCUCAGGUUAAUGGCGGCGUCGGACAGCUGCCCGGGACUGGCGACUCUGCAGAGAUGCGGACGCCAGCUGAGGGGCUCAGCGAGGGCAGGGGCUGGGUUUGACCUUCAAGUGCAAUCCCUAAUUCCUCAUCUGGGUAGUAAUUACGUGUGAUUGUGAAUGAGUGUUUGGCGGUGAGCAGCCCCCCGCUCCCGCAGGGGUUCCUUCUACGCUAAGUGUGUCACAGUUGAUAAAAUAUUGAGAUGCAGAGGGAAAGUCAAAUGAGAGCGGCACUCUGCGGAUGUGAUGAAUAUCAAUAUCAGAGGGAGUUUGGUCUUUAUUGCCUCACGCUGACAUGGAUAUGUUAGAUAUUUAUAAAAAAUAAAAAAAAAACUACUGAUCUGAUGGAAUGGAUUUUUGGCAGUGCAGGGCGACGCCUUUUUCGCCGUUUAAAUUAAACGCCAGCUCUCAAUGUUGUGGUGGACGUUCGUUUCAGUGGCGUUUGUUUUUUCGAUCUGCUCUCGCAAAUGGAGUCGAAAAAAAAAAAAGACGUCAACUUUGGCCCCUUCGUUCUCUCUUUCCUUCUUGUGGACUUUCCUCGCUGAAUAGAGGCUCGCAUAAAAAAAAAAAGCCAUUAAAACGCUUCUAUUUAUAUUUGGUUAAAAAAAAAAUAGGAAGAAGAAAAUAAAUAAAUAAAAGAACCAACUAUGAUGCAGUAGCUGACUGGACAGCACAGAAUGUUGCAAAAGUGAGAGCGCUCACAUAAAACUACGAGGACUUGUCGUGAUCGUUCCUCUUUUGAGUGUCUUUGUUAAUGUUUUAAUGUGAAAUCAAAGGAUUUCUUUUCCUGUAGAAGGUGUUUUUUUUUCUUUCUUGGCUUUUUCUGCUCAUGAUUUAUGUCCAUUAGCAGCACAUUAUGUAAAAAAAAAAAGAAAAAGAAGAAGCAGAGGUACUAAAAAUGCUUUGUUUAAAUUGUGUAUGGCCUUUUUCUUUUUUUUUUUUGGCAAGAACCACAUGUGCUUUUGCUUAUGGAUGGUUCAAAAUUCCAAGCUAACGUGCUAACGGCGGGAAGCUCAAGAAAAGACAAAAAUGUUUGCAGCCUUGCACUCUUCUGCCGUGCAUUUGAAUGUCCUUUUGCACCCUGAUAACAGAAAGUUACAGAGAUAAAACAGCAGUUUGAAGCAUGUUUUGAUAAAAAAAAAUAAAAAAACAACAAAAAUAAACUAUUGCACUGCAUUAGUGUUGUGUAACCCUGGCCGGAUGUCGUACGUGAACUGAUGUUUUCAGAUUAACAGAACUCUUUUAAUUUUACUGUAUCGUUCUGACCUCGGUUCAUUUCAUUUUUCACACAUACAUGUGUUUCUCUGGUCGGUGGCCGUAUCACUUCAUGGGGCUGGCCAUAAUACACAUGGAAGGACGCUUCCUGUCAUCUGGGCAAUGAAAUGUUGCCAGCGGUGGGGAAAUCCUCUGGACUGGCAGACGUCCAGGUGGAAAUGAAAAAAUCCGCCUGUGUGGAUUAUGGGAGCCGCUACAAUGUAGGACACUGUGAGCCUUCUGCAUUCUCCUCAAUGCUGUGAGCCGAUGCUGCUGCCAGUGUACUGAUGGUGACGCAGACACAGGCCCCUGUUUUGUUUUUUGUUCGUUGCUUUUUUUACUUUUUUCUUUCUUUUUUUUUUUUAAUAGAACAACAAUAUAAGGCCUGCAGCAGACAAUGUGGAAUAUGUGUGCGUUUUUCUGUUUUUUUAGCACAUUCUUUAUCUCUGUCAUUGCAUUGCUGCUGUAACACUGCACACCCUGAUGUUCUACAGUUUAAUUAUUUAACUAAACAAUUCAACUUUAAAUAAAUGAUAAAUACACUAGUUUGUGUAAAACA